GGGAGGAGAGGGGAGUGAGGUACCUCAACUGGGUUUAUCCUAAUUCCUACUUUGUCUCAAUUUUUUCUUCCUCUCUUCUAAUGCUAGGUCAACCAGAAAAAAAAAAAAAUCCACUUGGUUUUGUUUGAUUCUUCAUAUGGAUUUCUCUUGUUUAGGGUUUUGAGUUCUGUAAAGCUGUAAGCUUUCUCUUGGGUUUCAAAGAUCUGGGGGAGAAAAUCAUUCAGAUUUGUGGGGGAGAGUAUGGGAUGUUGUGUUAGUUUAUAUUACCAUAAAGGAUCAUAGCUUGAUAAACCUACUCUUUUUUUUCUUUCUACUUUUGCAAUUUCACCACUGAUCCUAUGGUGGGAUUUUGAUCUGAAUCAUAUAUAUAUAUUUACAAUAUUAGGUGAAUUAAUUUGGAGGCGGGUCACGAUGAACUUUGGGCAGGGGGAGAAAGGGUAUUGUAAUAAUGAAGAAGAAGAUGAUGAGAGAGUGAUAGGGGAGAGCACUGCAACUGAUUUCCCAUUUUCUUCUUCCUCUUCUCCUAAGUACAAAGGUGUUGUUAAUCCUGAUCAUCAUCAUCAUCAGCAGCAGCAGCAGCAGCAGAAGCAGCAUCAGAACCUAUGGCUGUUGGAUUCCCUUGAUAAUUCUCAAGAAGAUCAGUACAAAGUCCAAAAGUCAGAUAUCAAUUUUGACAAGAAACUAGAGCUCAUGGACUUGUCACUAGGAAGCAAUGAAGAAUCCAAUGGGAGUGGCGGCGGAGGAAGUGUGUACGGCGGUGGUGGCGGUGGCGGAGAUAGUAGCAACACCGUCGAGAAAGAGCACAUGUUUGAUAAGGUUGUGACUCCCAGCGAUGUGGGAAAGCUCAACCGCCUUGUGAUACCCAAACAACACGCGGAAAGGUACUUCCCCCUCGACUCUUCGUCCAGUGAAAAGGGCCUCCUCUUGAAUUUCGAGGAUCGGAACGGAAAGUCGUGGCGGUUCCGCUACUCGUACUGGAACAGUAGCCAGAGCUACGUCAUGACUAAAGGGUGGAGCCGUUUUGUCAAGGAGAAAAAGCUGGAUCCCGGAGAUAUUGUGUCGUUUCAGCGGGGCGUUGGGGAAUCGGGAAGGGACAGAUUGUACAUUGAUUGGCGGCGCCGCCCGGAUGCACCUGAUCCUUCUACCCUUGCACACAUUCAAUUUCCGAAUCGGCUUAACUUCCCUCAACAGGUCCGGUGGGGGAAUCGACUCUACUCGCUGCCGCAAUCUGUCUCCAUGCCGCAGCCAAACUACGAGCCCUUACACCGAUUGAAUUACAGUAUUUACCCAUACAACCACCACCACCACCCCCAUCUCCAUCAACAGCAAGGAAUUACCUAUGCCAAUGUAGGGCAGUUCUAUCUAGGGUCAUCUGGGUCAUCACAUCACCACCAAUACCAAAUUGGGUCGGUUCCGGUUGGCAGCGGCGGGGUCCCAAUGUUGAUUAAUUCAUCAGCUCCGGUUGCAGAGGUCAAAACGGAGGCCAAGAGGUUACGCCUAUUUGGUGUAAACAUGGAUUGUCCUGUACAAGAUGAAUCUUCCACUAGCAUCCCCCAUGGGAAAGCUGUAGCUCCAUUCCCUUCUCUACAAUCAAGAUCCCAAAUACAACAAUCUGAGUAUUCCAAAAAGGGAAAAUCUUCCCUAUCCAUUGAUUUGGAUCUAUGAACAAUCCAGCAUAUCUUUGGUUUCUCUGUUUCCUUUUCUUUUUUUCUUUUUUUUCUUUUUUAAUUAAAAUUGUUUUAGUACAAUUAGUUGGUUGAGGGUUUGGGAUCUGUGAAAGAGGAACAACAAUAGUACAUGAAUGAAUGGGAAGAUGAUGAUGAUAAAUUGUGUAUAAAUUUUUACAUAUACAGGAAAUGGAAAAUGCAUAUUUUUCCUUUACUAGACCCUGGAUUUCAAACUGGCUCUUUUGCCUUUUCCCAGUUUGUUUUGGGAUCAAAAUUUUCUUCCUCUUUAGUUACAACACUGAAUUGUGUUUUUCAGAAAUUUCCCCUUCCUACUUU